UGGCCAUCCCCGUGCGCGGCCUUGGGGCUCACAAGGCAGGACUGUCGCGAUAGGAUCGGGGCUGUCGGGCCAGUCCCGGCAGCGCUGUUGUGACAGAAGUGUGUCCUCGAAGCCACCGCAGGCAGGGCUGUCCCUGUCCGCACGUCCCGCAGGUGCCUGCCCGCGGCCCGGGAUGGAGCCGGGGAUGCAGCCCGGGAUGGAUCCGGCCGGAGCGUUCCCGGCGCUGGAGCGGGAGCUGCGGGCGGCGCUGGCGGAGGACGAGCGGCGGCAGCGGGAGGGCGAGGCCAAGCUGCGGGCGCUCCGCCAGGGCGUCCCCGACUACGACCAGUUCAGGGAGAUUGUGCUGGCUUCUCACCUGAAGCCUCUGGAGAAGGAGGACAGGCUGGGACAGAGGAGGAAUGUGCUGUGGAAUCCCUGUGCAGCCCCAGCCCAGGCAGCACCUGCCCACGCUGUGGAGAUCCCACAGGAGCUGGAUCAGCUGCCUGGCACUGCUGCAGAAUUUCACCGAGAUUGGCGCAGAUGCUUGAAAAGUGGGACAGAGAAAUACCAGUUCUUGCUGGAGCUCGGAGGGGAGGCCUUGGGCAGGAUCUUCCAGGCUGAUGUGGGCUUUGGCCUCCUGGGGGAAUUCCUGACAGUGCUGGCAGAGAACAUCCAUCCUGGAGACAGAGCUGCCGUCCUUCAGGUCCUGCAGAGCCUGGCGGGCACCAAGCGCUUCGGGCUGAACGUGGCUCUCCUGAGCCAGGCGGAGAAGGAGAGCAGCCAGGAUUUGUUCAGGAAGCUGCAGAGCAGGGAUUGCCAGGCUGCUGGCCAGCCCAGCUGCCUGGCCAGCUGUGAGGCAGGGAGGGAAGCCCGUCCCCUGGAAACUGAGGAGGAGAGGACAGUAGUGGAGCUGAUGAAGUGUUACCAGGUCAGCUGAGGGAGCAGGAGCACCAGGAUUGAGCAGAAACAGGGUAAAAAAGGCUCAGAAAAAACUCAAAGCUUGACUUUGGCACCCCCCAGGGCACAAGUUCUGCACAAUAAAGUUUAGCUCCCAGGCUGUGG